AAAGUUGAUGAAAAUGGAAAUGCUCUCCAUCAAAAUCCUGGAACAAAAACCAAGAAAAAGAAAAUACAGACAGAUAAGAAUGUGGUGGUCCUUAAAGCAGAGAGUGUUGAGGGUCAUCGAAGCGACAUCAUCAAUGACGUUGACAAACUUAUCCAAUAUAUUCGAGGGGAUAAUGAGUCUAAUAUAUCUUCAACGAGUAAGGCAAAAACCCAUGUACACAAAUCUAAGCAAUUACACAAACAACAUACCACUGAAGAUGGUCCGAGAAGUAAAAAACAGAGAGCCCACUCUUCCAAAGGUAAAGAGAAUAGGUCAGAGUUGAAGAAAAGUAACUCACUAGGCGAAAUUCCUAUGGCCAAAUUAGAUGAAUUUGCUUUUGCCGCUACCAACGGUGCAGAGAAGGACGGCGACGGGAAGGUGGUGCUGAGAAACAAGGGUCAGAGUGACAGGCCCAAAGAAAGGCGGUCUUGGGGAAAUGUGGAACCUCCACCCUUUCAAGUUCUGUCAAGCAAUGCCUCCACUGAAAAUCUAGAGACAGCAGAUAACUGGGUAGUCACAAAACCAAAGAAGAAGAGUAAGAAGAGGCGCAACAGUGUUAGUAGUGGUCGCAGGCAAAAUUCUUCUUUUGAGUCCAACACCAAACAUUCUAAUCGUGCCCCGUCUCCUGAUCUACGAGGAAAGUCUGCUUGUUCGGCUCCACACAGUGAAAAAUCUAACGAUUCAUCUGAUGCAGAAUCAGUACAUUCUUUGCCUAUUGACGGGUUGAACGUACCAAUAUCGUAUGCAGAUAUUGCAAAGAAUAGUGAAAAACUAAAGGACAAAAAAGUGACUCCUGAAAAACCAGAGAAAGUUUCAAAUAAGGAAAAAUCUCCUAAACUUGAAACAGAAUUAAAACCAGUAGUGAUACAACAGACCACGAAGAAAGUGUGUGCUGAGAAACUUCUAGUCCUAAAUUCGGUGAUAAAUGAUGUUAAAAAUGUCCCACCUCUCUUUGUGAAUAAUUUGAAAACACCCCCUGAUGUACACAACAUGAAAAAUUUUCCUACCAUACAAUCAGAUACUCAUAGGAGCUUUCUGCCUGAUGUUGAUGACAGCAAAAAUUGCUCGGUCAUACCGCCAGAUACUCCCAAUCUUAAAAGCCCUCCUGCAAUUCAAGAUUCAAAAAUAUCACCUUCAAUGCCUGCAGAAGAUAACAGUUCAGUCAAAUCUUGUCCCACAAGCCCACCUGACUUUCAAAAUACAAAGUCUUUUCCCUCUAUACCAACAGACUUCAGUAAUUCUAAAAGUUAUUCUUCUGUGCCACCAGAUGUUAACAAUUUUCGAAGUUUUCCUGUUAUCUCAAAUAAUGUCAAAAACAUUUCGGUGGAAAAGACGAACUUUAAAAAUAUGUCUGUUAGUGGUAAGAUUAAAAAUAGUUCGCCAAGUGAUAAAAACAUUGUAAAAAGUGUUAAAAUUAACAAUAAUGUGAAAGUUGGUGAUUUGAACUCUACAUGUAUCGUCAACAAUGAUAUCCAGAAUGAUUUGACAAUAAUUCAUUCAAACGAGAAAGAAUCUAUUCAGUUCAAUGCCCAGAUGCUACCUCCGAAUAUUCCCGAUGUUCAGACUAUUGAGAAGAUGCAUUUUUUCAACCGACCACCACCUACUCAGCCUCAACAGAACCUGCCGAUAAUUAGUCAUACUCAAUUGUCUCCGCCUGGUUCCCAGGAGACAUUUGUUACCUCAGCAUUGACACCUCAAAAUGAAACUAACAGUAUACAUUCAAAUAGUAUCAUCUGUGAUAAUAGUGAAAGAACAAUUAGUGAAGGUGAUGAGAGUCCACCCCCUGUCGUUAUUCUGAGUGGUAUCGGAAACAAGGAGGUGACUGGUUUAGUGUUUGGUUUCGAUGUAAACGAACAGUUGUUAAAUGAAGACAUUUGUGAGGAUUUCAUAUCCAGAUACGUGGCGCCUGAGAUAUUCAGCCACUCAUCUUAUAAUCAUGAGAAGAUUGUCAACUACAUAGGUUCAGCAUGGGAAGCGAUAGUCAACCAAUCAAAUGGUAAAGUACAGUACUACCAAGAGGAGUCUUAAUCUUGGAAGGAAGAGUUAUAGUGUACUUCAACAUUUUAAAUGAUAAUACUAGUCAAAGAAUUGAAAACUGAAAAGUUUGUACAAAUAAAUGCUGUACCUACCGGGAAAACUUAAUAAAUAUCUAGUGUAUUUAUGAUAUGGGCAUGCGAAAAUAUGGUGGAUUAUUUUUUAUUGAAAUGAAUAGAAUAUAAAACAUCGUGGAAUAAAUUUCGUCGUAAAGAAAUGUUUUCUAGGAAAUCUCGAAUUUUCCGAAAUGUGGACUCUUUAUUUCGUGACCAACCAGCAAUAUUACGAAAAAGUUAACAGUUGCGGCUCCGAAAUGUAAAUAUCAUUUUGGAGCCAUAGGAAACAUGUUAUUUAUUAUUUAACUCAUUAUGCAACAUGUUAUUUAUUAUUUAACUCGACUAUAUAGACAUAGAGGUAAUUAAAUAUCGUCAAAAAUAACUAUUUUUUUAAUGUCAAUAUAUAAAGAGCGUAUUUAUGCCUGAAUGUGGUAUGGAACAGAAUAUUUGUAUUUUUCCUUUGAAAAGUUCAACAAACCAAAAAACAUGUCCACAUUUCAAAUGUAUGGGAUCACUUACUGCUUUGUUCUUUGUGUAUGAUGCUCUCUAAACUAGAUAAUUGGAUUUAAAAAUGUAUUUCAUUUCUUCUAGAGAAAGUAAGUGUAUAUAGACCUUUGGCAAAAUACAAACUUUCGUUUUCCAUUCCUGGUCGAGUUUUUAUGCAUGAUACUCAAUAAAAAUAACAGUUGAAUGAAUAAUUUUUUUUGACGGUGAUAAUAUUCCUUUAUUUUCUGUUGAAAUAUUUUUCUUUGGAAAAUCAAAUAAAAAUCAUAUAAAUAUGAAAAUAUGUAAAAAGUGUCUAUAAUAGGAAAAAUAUAUGUAUGUAACAAUGCGUGCAUGCUUUCUUCCGUAUGAACAUAUAUGCUGAUGCUACUUCGAAACCAUCUCUGAUUAUAAUUUAUAAUGUUGCAAAAUACUUACCUUCUUGAGAGGUGUUUUCAUGUAUACUGUAGAUGGUUUUAUUUUCUUUGGCUCCACCCAGUAUGUUUCUGUAAAUUUGUUAAUAAAUAGUUGUAUGUGUAAAUGAUUGGUUUUGAUAUUAACUUCUGGAGUCAGUGAUCAAUAUAAUUUUCAUUUGUAUUACCGCUUUCAUCACAAAAAUAUUGGUAGAAAGGUUGUGCCUGUUAUUGGGAAUAGGACCCAUGAAUUUGAACCUAUUUCAAUUUACCAUUUCAUUAUUCUCGUCAUAUUCAUAGGUACUGAAGGUGUUGAGGGCCACAGGGAAUUUUUCAUACUUGACAGUUAACCUGUCAAUUGUCUGUUGUAAUUGACAGUUCAAACCGUCGAAUAUGUAUAAUUGAAAAUUCCAACUGUCGAAUAUGUAUAAUCAAUAGUUUCAACUGAGCUGUCGAUUAAAAAAAAAAGCCUUUAACUCCUUCUUAGGAAUUACAUUAAUGAUAUUGUAAAUAUAAAAUAACAGUAACAAUUAAAAGUAUGUUGAUUUUAAUACUGAAAAUUGUAAAAAUGUUUUUAUAAAAUGAAUAAUUCAGUCACACCUGUCAAUUUUAUUGGAAUUGCUUUAAAUAUCUAUACUUUUUCCAUAGCCAAUUGCUCUAAUAUUUGAAGCAGUUACAACAAAAUUAUACAUGACGGACAAGUAGAUACAAGAUAUAGUCAUUGAAAGUUUUAUUUUUGUAGCAACAUUUUUCAAACUAGAAAGGUGAAGUACAAAAUUGUAAUUAGAACUGAUUUUGAUAUAUGUGAAAUUUUCGGUAACAAUAUAUGUUUUUGUGUAUUACAUUCCAUAAUUUGUAGAGAAUCAAGUGCAUUUUUUUUAAACAUUAGAAUUGUUGAAAGUUACUAAUUUAUUAGCAGAGAUAUUAACAGCAGAAACUGUUUGUAAAAAUAAGUUUUUUAACUUUCAACUAUUUUGUUUGCAGGCAAGUUCUGAUAUAUUAGUAAAAUCCAAUUCACAAAUUUUAUUCAACUACCAGUUUGUUGAAUUUGAAAUUCAUCUCAAUUAUGGCUUCAAUCUGAACAGAUCAAUGGUUCUAAGUAAAACAGCCACCGCAAUUAUUUCUAGUAUUUUUGUAGAAUGUUUUUCUGGAAGUUCUUUGAUAAACAUAUCAUUUGUAUUUUUUUUUUCACUUUUCAUAUUUUGAGAAUAUUUUUUUUGUUAAAUGGCAAUAUCUCAUUUCGAAGAUUUCUUUCUAAUGGAACAGAAACAUACUGGGUUUAUUUGAGUACUAAAAAUAGAUAUCAAUGUUAAAGCCUGCUCUUUAACUAUGUUUAUUUAUUUAAAAACAAUAUUUAGGUGCAUUUGAUACUGUCACUGUUGUGCAAUUUGAUUCGGUCCUCAAAUUGCAUCAACUUGCGUAACGUCGCCUUCUUUAUGUAAAAUAGUUAACACCUAAGUCAUAUUUUAGUUGAAUUACAAUAAUGGCUGAAACAGUUAUUUUUGGAAAUUUAGACGAUCUAGAUGGACCUAUUACUAGAUUUUAUAUAUAUACAAGUAUUUUUUUGAAAUUGUAAAUUGUUGAUAAUGAUACCAUUGUUAAUUCAUUAAGUUCAUGAAAAUCAAGGCUCUUAUUUCAAUGCUUCUAUAUGUUUUAGAAGUUUCAAGAAAAUUGAGAGGUAUUCAUUAGUAGUAAAUAUUAGGAUGAUAAUUUUAAAAUUUGGUGCAAGUUGUUGCACAUUGCUUUUUUGUGAUAUACUUAAAUAUUUGAAUAGUUGAUCAGUGAUUGUUUUUUUACAUCAACUUCAAGCAAGUGAGAUAUUGUUGAACAUUUUUAAACAUGUACAGGGUAAUGACCAACUCAAUUUUCUUCAAAAAUCCAACAAGUGCUUUUGGUCUCCAGCUUAUAGCCUUGACAAAAUUAAUCUAAAACUCACAAGUAUAAUAGUUGUUGUUUUGUUGUAUUCAUUUCGGUUAUUUUUUAUUUUACAGUCUAUUUUGUAAAAAGUGAAUAAUCUUGAGCUAGAUGAAUUAUAUGAUUUAAAGUUCCUUUACAAUGUAAUGCCUCAAGAAAAUUAUUAAUUUCUAGAUAUUUAUUUUUGAAUUAAACUUUUAAUUACACCUUCAUAUUUUUUCGACAAUAUUUUCAGUAAACUGUUUUAGUGUCAAGUUAACUUUUUUAAAAGCAGUUCAGUUGUUACAUUUUUAAAGAUUGUUUACACAUAAAAUACAAUACUUGCUUUCUGAAUAUACAAUUAUUUAUUCAA